AUGGGGGCAUCCUUCUCCUCUCGGCUCGGUUCUUCUCCUUCUUCUUCUUCUCCCUCUUCUUCUGGUUCUUCUUCUCUGUACGCCUCCGACAGAAUCACCCCACAAGUUGCUGCUCUCGCGGAGCUGCAAGGUUUUGCAGACACUGUCUCUCGCUGCAUCGGUGCCUGCUAUACGCGCUGUCUCCACAAGCAUGCAGAAGUCGCGCUGGACGUCUCUGAAAUGAGCUGCACGGAUCGCUGCGUCGCGAAGUACUUCCACGUUCACGCACUCGUAGGCGAGUCGAUGAAGGCUCUCGCUUCCGGACCCCCCGGAGAAAACUAG